GCGAGUGAGCGCUCGCUGUCAGGGUGGAGUUCAAACAGGGUGACACCUCUUGUAGAUCCACAGCGACAUCUUACAACCGCAAAUGACGUGGCCGUCUUGGGAGCCGUCUUGUUUUCUCACUGGUCAGAUGUUACCGAAGGAGCAAACAGCCCUCACUUCCGUCUUGGUGUUGCCAACAAGGUGAAAGUUCACCAUGUUUCCCUUCAAAGUGGACGUUAUGAUCCACCAAAUCGCAGUCAGUCCAGCUGUUUGGAUUGUGGUCACAUCCCAAAUCCUUCCUGGGUGUCCCCUCUCUCCCCUCUUGUCUUAACCUCUGGGGGGGCCUGAUUCGGACCUCCUCCAACACAUCAUCUAUCACAGAACCCAACAAGCCUCAGCUGGACUCUUCUUCUCUGCUUUAAAAAGGACCGCUAAGAGACCUGCUCCUGGGGGAUUGUGGAAUGUUUUUUCUCUCCCCCCCUCUUCCCGACUUCCCAGAUACUUCAUGAAACUUGACAUGUGUGUGGAGAUGGGUGCCUGAGUUGUGUCACACUGAAGAUUUUCUGUGCGCUAGAACAGUUGCCGUCAGUAAGCGGAGCGAUAAACUUGGGUUCUGAUGAGAGAGUGGACGGACUUGGACAUGAACUUCUCAGCGGGAGGCUUUGUCGCCUCCUCGGACACUUACUGCUCAUCAGAACAGCUACUGUUCUAUGACAUGUUGGCUGACCCUGUGGGCUACCCACUGCCGGACUCUGACCUCCAGCUACUCCCUUACAGCCCACAACAGCCACAGCAGUACAAUCCAGCCAGUAUGUCCUUCCCGCUCUACGGAUCGCCAUCGUCCUCCACGUCUUCAUCCUCCUCGCAGCUCGGCCAUAGUCUCUAUCAUUUUGGUUCGGACUUCCUGGAGGGUGCCUGCGAUCCCAUCCCCCACGAGCACCGCUGUGAGGGCCUGCCUCAGGGUCUUGGGUUAGCAGGUCUUCCCGCGGUACGGAGGCCACGCGUUGGCUCCGUCGGCAGGAUCCGAGGUCAUGAUGAGCUUUGUGUGGUGUGUGGGGACAAAGCGUCGGGGUAUCACUAUAACGCGCUCACCUGCGAAGGAUGCAAAGGUUUCUUCAGGCGUAGUGUGACCAAAAAAGCCGUGUAUCACUGCAAGAGAGGCGGCGCCUGUGAGAUGGACAUGUACAUGCGGAGGAAAUGUCAAGACUGUCGCCUCAGGAAGUGUCGCGCUGUGGGAAUGCUGGCUGAGUGCCUUCUGACAGAGGUUCAGUGUCAGUCAAAACGACUGAGGAAAGGAGGAAGAGGAAGAAGACAGGAGGGAGAUGAGAGUCCGGACAGUAAGCAGGUCAGCUCCACCAGCAGACUACACGGACAGGUCAUUGCAUCCAGCUUAAGCCGAGACCAGAAGCACACCGUGGACAAGAUGGUAGAGGCUCAUCGAACGUGUCGAGCCCACUACAGCGCCCGCUACAGGAUGUUUGAUUGGCCGUGUGCUGAGGAAGGGGAGGGGCUAAUGGAUCUUGCGUCGCCUCACCUUCAAAGAAUUAUGCAAUUUGCCAGGACAGUGCCUGGUUUCGACUUGUUGGACUUGUCGGAUCAGCGCUGCCUCUUGUCAGCAUCCUCACUGGAUCUCAUGUUCUUGCUGUCAUCCCAGAAUUUUGCUACUAACCCUACUGCAAAACCUGCUGCAGUGCUGCAGCUUUACAGCCCAUCAACACACAGCUGUCUUAGAUUUGUCAGCUCAAAGGACAAUUUCCAAAGAUGCAAUGAGGAUCUCCUGAGCCCUGUGCACAACUUCUUUCAGAGCAUGGUGGCGUUGGAAGUGACCGAGGCCGAGUACACCCUGCUCGGUGCCACCGCUCUGCUCUGCUCAGACAGUUCGUCCCUAAUGGCUGCCAGCUACGUGGAAAAACUGCAGGAAUUUAUCCUGGACCUACUGUCUCGCAUGUGCGGGACCCGAGCAGCUGGAGGCGGGCCGCGGCGGUUUGGUCGUCUUCUGGGCCGGUUGACAGAGCUACGAACUCUUCGUCACAACUACCUCCUUCUGACCCGAUCCAACCAUGGACCCUAAUAAUAAUAAUAAGGGAUGGAGUGCAAGGUCUUUUUGAGUCACAUGUUCUCCAUCCCAGGCAUUUGUGUUGGCUUGUGCAGCUCUUCUCGUCCAUUCAAUUUUUUUGACAGAUUCCUCAUAAGGACGGGUGGGAAAAGUAUGGUAGGUUGGCCACAUACGGCCCACUUCAAUUUUUAAUCAGGACCACAAUGAGUUUACAUUGUCAAGAGUUAUGUGGGUUGCAUUAAUUUAGCAAUUUCUCCCCUCUGCAACGUUGGUUAGCUAAUAAAAUAUAUUUAUUUGUA